AUGAGCCGCUCUACACCGGCAUCAUGGCUUCCUAACAGCAGGGGAAGCGACUGAGAGGAAAACAAGGCUUUCUGUUGAAUCCCCAGGCAGAUUAUCGUCCUUCACAGAACCUGAGCUUGGGACAGAGGGGCUCGGCCUCCCUUUUUAGCCCCCCGCGGCCGCCCCUGGGAUCCAGGAUCCACUUUAAUUUUUAUUGGUGAAUUUCCAUUCGUGAACCGUGAAGAUGGCCGACCCGGCGGAGUGCACCAUCAAAGUGAUGUGUCGUUUUAGGCCCCUGAACAGCUCCGAGGUGACCAGAGGCGACAGAUACAUUCCCAAGUUUCAAGGGGAAGAAAACAUUUCAAUCGGGGGCAAAGCGUACAGUUUUGACAGAGUGUUUCAGUCAAAUACAACACAGGAACAAGUGUACAACGCCUGCGCCCAAAAGAUUGUAAAAGAUGUUCUGGAGGGAUACAAUGGAACGAUUUUUGCUUACGGGCAGACAUCAUCUGGCAAAACACACACCAUGGAGGGGAAUCUCCAUGACACAGAUGCAAUGGGCAUUAUCCCCAGGAUAGUUCAAGAUAUCUUCAACUACAUCUAUUCCAUGGAUGAAAACUUGGAGUUUCAUAUCAAAGUGUCAUAUUUUGAAAUUUACUUAGACAAGAUCCGGGACCUUUUGGAUGUGUCAAAGACCAAUUUGUCAGUGCAUGAAGACAAAAACAGAGUACCGUAUGUCAAGGGCUGCACUGAGAGGUUUGUCUGCAGCCCAGAUGAGGUCAUGGACACGAUUGAUGAAGGAAAAUCAAACAGACAUGUAGCAGUUACAAACAUGAACGAGCACAGCUCCAGGAGUCACAGUAUCUUCCUGAUAAACGUCAAACAGGAAAACACUCAAACAGAGCAGAAGCUCAGCGGCAAACUUUACCUGGUGGAUCUGGCUGGCAGUGAAAAGGUCAGUAAAACAGGAGCAGAGGGAGCUGUGCUUGAUGAAGCCAAGAACAUCAACAAGUCUCUGUCUUCCUUGGGAAACGUCAUCUCUGCUCUGGCUGAAGGAACGGCCUACAUCCCAUACCGAGACAGCAAGAUGACCCGUAUCCUGCAGGACUCGCUGGGUGGUAACUGUCGAACCACCAUUGUCAUCUGCUGCUCGCCUUCCUCCUAUAACGAGGCCGAAACCAAAUCCACCCUCAUGUUCGGACAAAGAGCAAAGACCAUUAAGAACACGGUCACUGUCAACGUUGAGCUGACGGCAGAGCAGUGGAAGCAGAAAUAUGAGAGAGAGAAGGAGAAGAAUAAGACCCUGAGGAACACCGUCAACUGGCUGGAGAACGAGCUCAACCGCUGGAGGAAUGGUGAGAGUGUGCCAGUCGAGGAGCAGUUUGACAAGGAGAAGGCUAACGCCGAGGUGCAGGCCCUGGACAACAUAAUCAACGAAAAGCAGGUCUCCACACCCAAUGUGCCGGGUGUUCGUCUCACAGACGUGGAGAAGGACAAGUGUGAGGCUGAGCUGGCCAAACUUUACAAACAGCUGGAUGAUAAGGAUGAGGAAAUCAACCAGCAGAGCCAGCUGGCUGAGAAGCUGAAGCAGCAGAUGCUGGACCAGGAUGAGCUUCUAGCCUCCUCCCGCCGCGAUCACGAGAACCUCCAGGCGGAGCUGAACCGCUUGCAGGCAGAGAACGAGGCCUCCAAGGACGAGGUGAAGGAGGUGCUGCAGGCUCUGGAGGAGCUGGCCGUCAACUAUGACCAGAAGAGCCAGGAGGUGGAGGAUAAGACCAAGGAGUUCGAGGCCAUCAGCGAGGAGCUUAGCCAGAAAUCGUCCAUCCUGUCGUCUCUGGACUCUGAGCUCCAGAAGCUGAAGGAGAUGUCCAACCACCAGAAGAAGAGGGUGACUGAGAUGAUGUCUUCACUGCUCAAAGACCUCGCCGAGAUUGGCAUCGCAGUAGGCAGCAAUGACAUCAAGCAACAUGAGGGCAGCGGCCUGAUAGAUGAGGAGUUCACUGUGGCCCGUCUGUACAUCAGCAAGAUGAAGUCAGAAGUGAAGACCAUGGUGAAACGCUGCAAGCAGCUGGAGGGCACCCAGUCAGAGAGCAACAAGAAGAUGGACGAGAACGAGAAGGAGCUGGCUGCCUGCCAGCUGCGCAUCUCACAACACGAGGCUAAAAUCAAGUCCCUGACUGAGUACCUGCAGAACGUGGAGCAGAAGAAGAGGCAGCUGGAGGAGAAUGUGGACUCUCUCAAUGAGGAACUUGUCAAGAUCAGCGCUCAGGAGAAAGUUCAUGCUAUGGAGAAAGAGAAUGAGAUCCAGACUGCAAAUGAAGUCAAGGAAGCGGUGGAGAAGCAGAUCCACUCCCACCGUGAAGCUCAUCAGAAGCAGAUCAGCAGCCUAAGAGACGAGCUGGACAACAAGGAGAAACUCAUCACUGAGCUGCAGGAUCUGAACCAGAAGAUCAUGUUGGAGCAGGAGAGGCUCAGAGUGGAGCACGAGAAACUCAAAUCCACCGACCAGGAGAAGAGCCGCAAACUGCAUGAGCUCACUGUGAUGCAGGACAGAAGGGAGCAAGCCAGACAGGACCUGAAGGGUCUAGAGGAGACAGUGGCAAAGGAACUGCAGACUCUGCACAAUUUGAGGAAGCUCUUUGUCCAGGAUUUGGCUACCAGAGUGAAAAAGAGCGCUGAGAUGGACUCCGACGACACAGGCGGCAGCGCUGCACAGAAACAGAAAAUCUCCUUUCUUGAGAACAAUCUUGAACAGCUCACCAAGGUUCACAAACAGCUGGUACGUGACAAUGCAGACCUGCGCUGUGAGCUUCCUAAACUGGAAAAACGUCUUCGUGCUACAGCUGAACGGGUCAAGGCCCUGGAGUCUGCUCUGAAGGAGGCCAAGGAGAACGCCGCACGCGACCGCAAGCGCUACCAGCAGGAGGUGGACCGCAUCAAGGAGGCCGUCAGGGCCAAGAACAUGGCCAGGAGGGGGCAUUCGGCCCAGAUCGCCAAGCCCAUCCGGCCCGGGCAGCAGCCGGUGGCGUCUCCCACCCACCCCAACAUCAACCGCAGCGGAGGAGGCUUCUACCAGAACAGCCAGACGGUGUCCAUCAGGGGAGGGGGCACUGCUGGCAGCAAGCCAGACAAAAACUGAAGAGCAGCGGGACAGAAGGACAACACCACAGAAGAAGCCAAUAUCACCCCCCGCCCACCCCGACAACCUGUCAUUCCAUUACAGCGAACAGGCUCCUCGUCGCUGCUUUGGAGCCACGAAGGAGUUUCUGAAUUAUAAAUAUAUAUAUAUAAAUAUUCCUGGCCUGUACAGCUCCAAGCCCCCCUCACCUCCACCCACUCCCCCCACUUCCCCUAAUUCUCAUCAUGACUUAUCUCUUUUUCUCGUACUGGAUAUAAUAAAAAAAAAUAAUUUACAAAAGGCAAGAUAAUAUUGUUAUCCACCGAACCAAACGCAGUCUGGAGCGCAGCCUCGGCGAGCGAAACCAGCCAACACCUCAAAAUGUGUAGAGCUUCGGUUUCGUUUUUGUUUUGCACAGUCUGUCGUCAUCCGUCGUCGUCGUGCGAGUAGUUCUGCACUGUGCCAUGCUGAAUGUAAAAGGGUAGCAAGAUCCAGAAAAAAUAAAAACAAACGAAUAAAAACACACAAAAAAAGACAAAAACAGAGACCCUACCACGAGAAAUAGCUUGACCCAAUAGGCUAACCUCUGUACAUUUCAUCAUUACUAUUAUUGGUUGUUAACCACACUUUUCUCUGAAUAGAUUUUACAUGCUACUUUAAGGGAAAAAAAUACAAAAAAACUGUAUGGUUUUGAAUUGACUAGAUGGCGUCGAGCACUACUGUUCUGUCCGGUCUUGUACAGAUGUAAAAUUGGCACUACUGCACAUGCUUCCCCCGGAGAGAGCGAGAGAAAACGAGGGAGACAGCAAGGGGAACGGCUAAAAAGAAGGAUAAAAUAAAUAUAAAGCCACGACGUGCGACAGUGUACUGUAGAUGUAUUUAACUAAAUACCUGUGGAGGCCAAUUGUUUUUAUCAUUAAGUUAAAAAUAAAACCUAUACUCGUUAUUGGUGACUUCAUGAGAAGGAUGUAAGGAAUGUAGUAGGAAGGAAGAGAAUGAUCCGGUUAACACAACAAACUUCCACCUUUUUAGCAUAGCCUAUGCUAAGUAGCUAAAUGUACUGUUUUUACUUCUCUCAGUGGUAAAUGCUGUUUUAAUGGGCGCUAUUUAUAUCUCUCUGCACAUUGGAGCACAUAGUCUGCAGGCAUAUAGACUGAGAUAGCACACCACACAAUGCUUGUCCUGUCCUAGCUGGGUCACUCAUCUCCAGGACCUAUUUUCUUUUUUUUUUUUUUUUUUUUAGCUGUAACUGUUUCCUGCCGUAUCAUUUUCUUUUCAAGGGUGCCUCGCCUCAGUUGUUUUUUUGGUCCUCCCUCCCCUCACACUUUUUUUUUCUUAGAGAUUUAGAACCUGUGAUGUCAGUAUCCGUAUUUGGUUGUAAAUUUGCAGAAAAAGCAAUGCUGGGUUUAAUGUACUGUAUCUCUUUCAUUGUUUCCAUAGAUCGUAUAGAUGCAUAAUUUGAAGGGGUGUGUUGGGCGGGGGUGUCAGUCGAUGCGUCGGACCCUUGCCGCUGAUCAGCCAGUCAGGAGAGCAGGGUCUUAAAAUUGCACAACAAUCUUCUGUCAUCAUCUGUAGGAGGGUUUUAUUUAACUAAAUCUAGUCGGGGUGUAGGAUUUAUUUUGUGUUUUAUUGUCUUUUUGUUGUGUUUUAAUUCCCAUCACAGCUUGUUUUUGUUUUUUUAAACCCUGUGAAGCCCCACUGCAUUGGCAAAGAGCUUGUUGUGAUUGUAACCCCAGCGUGAGAACACUAACAUCUAGUGCAAGUGCAAUAUACUGUAAAAUACACUGUAUAUCAGUCAACUGGCAGGUGUGAUUAGGGUGUGCUUGCAGCGAUUAUCCUGCCACAUGGAGUCAAAAGUCCUGCCCCUCUUCCUUGUUGGCUUCUGUUUCGCUAAUUUUGGUUCGUAGCGUAUUUUCUCAACAAACUUUUUCUUUAAUCGCCAUUUCUGAAAAGCUGAUAUAACAGUUUUUCUGGACCACAUUCUAAGGUAAAUAUCUACUUUUGUACUAGACGGUGAACUACCUGUCGUCCCUGUCCAGUGCAGUUUAAGUAGUAGAUGUUUAAAUAAGCUUUUGAGAAAUACAGAUUAAAGAAACUUUCUAUGUUUUCGGCUGAGAUUAGUUGAACAAAUCUAGCUUGAAAAGGGGGGAGGAUUUCAACUUUCUCGCUCAAGAUGUCACACUAAAACUUGUCAUCUUGUAACAGGAAAGUUGGGUUUAAUAUUAGCACUUCUUCACAAUACCUGCACUCAGAAAAAAACAACAAACACUCCAUUAUGUGGCUGUUUUUGACUGGAGGAGGGAGACGUUUCCAAAGCCCUGUAAAUGGAACUGGCAAAUAAUUUAAGGAGUAAUAAUUGCUUUCUGCAAGCUGCAGGGAGGAGUAGCUCCCAUGUAUCUAUGACAGGACAGUGUUUGGUGUCUAUCGAGACGUUUUAUUCCCUCUGUGUAAUCUUCUAGAUUAGUUAAGACUUUGCAGCAUGGACCUCAAAAUGUUUAUCCUUUGACCUUCCACCAAAACUGGAUAUGUAAUGGGGAAAAUUGUUAAUAAAACAGCAAAGAAUAUAAACAGGUGUUUACCUCAAUUGGAUUUUUGCAAUGAUUCUAAAUUAAAGUGUAGCCACUUUUUUAUUACUGUGUAAUAGUUGGUCAAUUUUUAAAGGACAGUUUUGAGGAUCCAUCAGUGGACAAAGUACUGGAUCAUUCCUGGAGAACUGGGGCACAAAUAGCAGGGCUCUGAUAUGGACGGAGAUGGGAAGUUCAUGAGAUCACAGUUUUGGAUUGAUUGCAUGAUGUAAAUGUAUGUGUGAUUAAAUAAUUAUGAGAAAA